AUGGCAGAAACGGACAAUUCCCAAGCACCGCCAACCUCUGGCGACGACAUCCAAAUCACCCUCACGCACCAUGGAAAAGCUAUCGCAUACCCCUUUGCCAAAGAUGCCACUAUUUCCGAUCUUUCAGAACGCGUUGCGACAGAACUCUCAAUACCGCCGUCGAAUCAAAAGUUCCUUGUUGGCGGCAAGAUCGGACUGCAGAAGCCGCCCUUCAAAGAUGCUGCGCUACCGCUCACGGAGCUCACAUCUAGGAAGAUAACAUUGAUGGGAAGCACAAAGGAAGAGGUAUCCUCUCUCAAUAGUACCAUAUCCGCUGCCUCGACGCCCCGGCGACCAGGUCCUAUAAAAGCUGCCACACCAGCGCGAAAUCGAGACUAUAAGAAGAUACAAGAGGAUGCGCAAUACACCUUUCACACACUGCGUCCGCUACCUUACCUCCCCAAUCCCGAACGCUCCUUGCGCUUCCUUGAGCGGUUACGCGACGAUGCAGGCAUCAAAGCCGCUAUGCGUACACACAAGUUCAGCGUCCCGCUGCUCACCGAGAUGGAUCCUGCCAUGCACACAACACAAGAGUCGCGCACGCUCGGCCUGAACCGAAACAAAGGAGAAGUCAUUGAGUUGCGACUGAGGACCGACGCAUACGACGGCUAUCGCGACUACAAGACGAUCCGCAACACCCUAUGCCACGAGCUCGCACACAACGUCUGGGGUCCCCACGAUCGCAAUUUUUGGAACCUAUGCAAGCAGAUUGAGCGCGAGGUAGCCCGUGACGACUGGAAGAGCGGAGGCAGAAGUGUGGGUAACGAGGAGUUCUACGAGCCUACUGGCGAGGAAGAAGUACAUGACCAUGGAGGCUGGACCGGUGGCGAGUUUACCUUGGGUGGCGUGAGUGGGGGUGGGGAGACAAGUGUCAGUAAUACGAGUGGAGGGGGAAUGAGUAGGAGAGAAAUCUUAGCACGGGCUGCGGAAGAGAGAAUGAAGAGGACGAAAAAGGCGGAGGAAGAGACGGAUGGAGCGGGGAGCAUGUAA